ACCUCGUCAGGCCCUGCUGCAGGAGGAGCAGUUGUAGGGGAAGCAUGCUGGCCAGGGGGCUUCCCCUCCACUCAGUCCUGGUCAGAGGCUGCCAGCCCCUCCUGAGCACCCCGUGGGAGGGCCUGGGGCAUCCCAGGGUGGGCACUGGAGAGGGAGCCGGCAUCUCCACUAAAACCCCUCGCCCCUUCAACGAGAUCCCCACCCCUGGUGACAAUGGCUGGCUUAACCUAUACCGUUUCUGGAGGGAGAAGGGCUCACAGAAAAUCCACUAUCACCACGUCCAGAACUUCCAGAAGUAUGGCCCCAUUUACAGAGAGAAGCUCGGCAAUUUGGAGUCAGUUUAUAUCAUCGACCCUGAAGAUGUGGCCCUUCUCUUUAAGUUCGAGGGACCCAACCCAGAACGAUACAACAUCCCACCCUGGGUUGCCUAUCACCAGUAUUACCAGAAACCCAUCGGGGUCCUGUUGAAGAAGGCAGGAGCCUGGAAGAAAGACCGGUUGGUCCUGAACACGGAGGUGAUGGCUCCAGAGGCCAUAAAGAACUUCAUUCCCCUGCUGAACCCAGUGUCUCAGGACUUCGUCGGCGUCCUGCACAGGCGCAUCAAGCAGCAGGGCUCUGGAAAGUUCUCAGGGGACAUCAGGGAAGACCUGUUUCGCUUCGCCUUUGAGUCCAUCACCAAUGUCAUGUUUGGGGAGCGCCUGGGGAUGCUGGAGGAAGUAGUGGACCCUGAGGCCCAGAAGUUCAUUGAUGCCGUCUACCAGAUGUUCCACACCAGUGUCCCCAUGCUCAACCUCCCUCCAGACCUUUUCCGUCUGUUCAGGACCAAGACCUGGAGAGACCAUGUAGCCGCAUGGGACAUAAUUUUCAAUAAAGCUGAAAAAUACACCGAGAACUUCUACUGGGACCUGAGACGGAAAAGAGAGUUCACCAAUUACCCAGGUAUCCUCUACCGCCUCCUGGGAAAUGACAAGCUGCUCUCGGAGGACGUCAAGGCCAACAUUACGGAGAUGCUUGCAGGGGGCGUGGACACGACAUCCAUGACAUUGCAAUGGCACUUGUAUGAGAUGGCACGCAGCCUGAAUGUGCAAGACAUGCUGCGGGAGGAGGUCCUGAAUGCCCGGCGCCAGGCCCAGGGAGACACAAGCAAGAUGCUGCAAUUGGUCCCACUCCUCAAAGCUAGUAUCAAGGAGACACUGAGACUCCACCCCAUCUCCGUGACCCUACAGAGAUACCUCGCAAAUGACUUGGUUCUUCGAGAUUACAUGAUUCCUGCCAAGACAUUGGUGCAAGUGGCCAUCUAUGCCAUGGGCCGAGACCCUGCCUUCUUCUCGAAUCCGGACAAGUUUGACCCAACCAGGUGGCUGGGUAAAGACAGGGACCUCAUCCACUUCCGGAACCUGGGCUUUGGCUGGGGUGUACGGCAGUGUGUGGGCCGGCGGAUUGCUGAGCUCGAGAUGACCCUCUUCCUCAUCCAUAUUCUGGAGAACUUCAAGGUUGAAUUGCAGCAUCUCAGUGAUGUGGACACCAUAUUCAAUCUCAUCCUGAUGCCCGACAAGCCCAUCUUCCUUGUCUUCCAGCCCUUCAACCAGGACCCACCCCAGGCGUGAUUGGAGAGGUGGGCACUGCCCUUCCCGCCAGUCAGGCUAGCAGGGGUGUGGGAGGACGGCCCGAGGGGGUGGGGCCCAUGGAAGUGUCGCAUCUCCAGUGCUUGGUCCCCACCUCUGCUCCUUUCUGGCCAGCUCUGACCAGAUGGAGUUGGCGCUCAGCCGAGGCACCCCUCUCUCACCCCACCUCUUCCCCCUCUUCUCCCAUCCCAUGAAGUCAAUAAACGGCUGAACUCUG